CUCUUCUCGCACCGAUCACGACCAGAUCAAACUCACCCCUCUCAACAUCUUUCUUCCUUUCGUCUGUCUACCUCUAGUCGUUCUCUUCUUCAAUUCCUCGCAGAGUCCGCGCAGCUGUGCUGUUCAGCGACGUUACGCAUUCAUUAAGGAUUAUCAGCAACCGGAGCGCUGAUACGCUCGCUUGUGGUUGAAACCAGAAAGAUUGUCCUCAAGGCAUCGCAGUCGAAACGUGCCAGCGCCUCAUUCCUUCGGUCUUUGACAGAAUCUCGUUGUGGAGUCGACAUUGUCGCUGAAGUGCGUUUCGUUGCCUUGAUACUGUGCAGAGACGAAGCAGUCUUGCUAUCUGGUCAACUAUUCAUCGAGCUGUAGUGAACAGCAGCGGCAAGGCUGUUCAAAUUCCCCCGGAUAUUCACCUGUUGAUCUUUUAGCAAUCCUCAUAGGGGCUCGAUGGACCGUGUUCCGAGUGUACUGAUCGCGUCUUGUUGUUAAAACUGAUAAUGCGCCGAAACGGGACGACAUAGUUGGCUGUAACUGGUUGGGCUCAGAAAGGAUAUCGGUGUGGUUAGUCUGCUGCUGCGCGCGUCAGUCACACCGCAAGGGAUGCAAGCAGAAGGAGACGAGUUUGGACACUGGAUGCAGGAAGGACGCCCUGUUCAUGGUCAGCCUCAAAGCCACAGUGACACACCGGAUAUGCCUGGCAUGGUUUCACGGACGAAUUCGUUUCCAGGUACGCAAGAGAUGUCUGUCGAAGGUCAAGCGCUGUCUCCAUCCGACAAGAAGCGCAACAAACUUGGUUAUCAUCGAACUGCGGUAGCCUGUGGUCACUGUCGACGUCGCAAGAUUCGCUGUAUCGCCGCCAUCGAUGAUCCUGCUGGCCGAUGUCAGAAUUGUAUUCGCUUGAAAAAAGAUUGUCACUUCUACCCCGUCGAUCAGAAUUCGACGCCAGGUAAGCGCGCGAGGUCUGGUACCAAGUCCGACAACAUCUUCAGCGAAGGCGAUACUUCGGUUGCCUCUUCCUCUCCCGGCGGCAUGCUCAGAAGCAACUCGUUCGAACGUGUAGAACAAGAUGAAGGUUUCGAGUAUCCCAGUCCCUUUGAACACCACCGUCAGCAGCAGCAGCAACAACAACAACAACAACAGCAUGGACAGACAGUCACGCCUUCCGCGUAUCUCAACCAGUCACCUCGACAUUUCGCGACCGAACCUUUAACUUCAGGAUAUUAUCCUAAUUAUGCACAUCCUGCAUCUGGGACAUACCCAUCAGCCUUCACAACUGGCUCUCUUCCUUCCACAAUGGCAAUGCCACAGGAAAGCGCGUAUGGUUACCCGACACCGCAUCCCAAUGAAGCCUACAACUGGGGUCAAAUUCCACCAAGACCUUCUGGUACGGAGGCUGAAGACAUGCAGCAUGGGUUUCCUGCGGCCUAUCGAAGUCAUACCUAUCCAACUUUUGAUCGAAGAACGUCACAACCCUUACAACAGAUGCCCUCAUCGGCCCAUGGAAUGAUAAAUUUCGAGCUUGACCAUCAGCAAAGCUCAAUUCAGGCAAAUCUCCACGAGCCAACCUCAUAUCAGCCACUUCAUGACUUGAAUGAAUGGCCAGGGUCAGCAUCUAGACAGCCUGCACAUCUUGCUGAAUCCGCACCGAUUCCAUAUCCACACGGCUGGUACUCGCAUAAUUCGACCACUACAGGUAACAGAGAAGAAGGGGGUUCCUCACACAUCCUGCUUUCACAGCAUCGUGACUUUCGCGAAAGUCAACAUAAACCAGGUUGAUGCGGAGCUUCGUGGUACUAAGCCACGGGUACGAUAGUUAAAAACAAUUUUUUUCCAUGCAAGGCAACGCGGGUUAUUUGGCCGUCACCACUCAUGCACCAGCCAGCUCGAUGCGUGUACACUUUACCAAACCAAUUUGUUGGGGGCCUCUUCAUCAUCGGGCGAUACGACGAUUGGGAGAUUUUGGUCGAGUAAGAUGGCAGAUGUGUUGGACAUAAAAAAUCACAGGCGCGAGAAGAAUACGCGACUCCGCCAUCUCGAGCACGAAAUUUAAUCUUCUGGAGGCGCUGGUGGAAGUUGAAUGCCGUUGACAGGCCAACACGCAAUAUGUGUCCUUGUAUGCCAGUAAAGUUGAUGAUUCCAAGAACGCAUGGUAUCUUGGAACUGGUAAGGUCCAUAUUUUGCUGCGCAAACAACCACCAAAGCCAUGUCAAGCCGAGCAACUUGUACAGCAGUUACAGCAGGGCAGGGCACAGUUUGCUAAAAUGGCAAGAGGCAUCUGCCGAAGCUUGGUGAAGAGUCGAAAGAUGGCCAGGGUGUAGGAGGGAGGAUCUCCUCUGGGUUCAGGCAGACAUUUUCGAGGUCAGCUCUCCUGUGGCCUCUUUUUAGGAUAUAAUGUCGGAAGAAACGAAAAGCUAGACCAGCCCUAGGUGGAUCUGUUGUGACAGCACAAAAAGAAGCCUUGAAAUUCCAAUUGUAUGUGAAUCUUUCACCUCAGGCAACAUAUGGCAAACUUCCAAAAGAACCACAUCUGAACAUAGGGACAUCGAACUUGAU